CGCCCUCAGCGCCCGCCCGCCCUCAGCGCCUCGCCCGCCUCGAGCUCCCUCAGCGCCCGCCCGCCCUCAGCGCCUCGCCCGCCCUGAGCUCCCUCAGCGCCCGCCCGCCCUCAGCGCCUCGCCCGCCUUGAGCUCCCUCAGCGCCUCGCCCGCCUUGAGCUCCCUCAGAGCCCACCCGCCCUCAGCGUCUCGCCCGCCCUCAGCGCCCGCCCGCCCUGAGCUCCCUCAGCUCCCUCCCUCAGCGCCCGCCCGCCCUCAGCGCCCGCCCGCCCUCAGCGCCUCGCCCGCCCUGAGCGCCUUCAGCGCACUCCCUCAGCGCCCUCCCUCAGCGCCCGCCUUCAGCGCCCUCAGCUCCCGCCUGCCCUCAGCGCCGUCCCUCAGCGCCUCGCCCGCCCUCAGCGCCCGCCUGCCUGCCCGCCUUCAGCGCGCUCCCUCAGCGCUCGCCUUCAGCGCCUUCAGCGCGCUCCCUCAGCGCCCGCCCUCAGCGCCCGCCUGCCCUCAGCCCCGUCCCUCAGCGCCUCGCCCGCCCUGAGCUCCUUCAGCGCCCUCAGCGCCCGCCGGCCGGCCCGCCCUCAGCGCGCUCCCUCAGCGCCGCCCUCAGCGCCUCGCCCGCCCUGAGCUCCCUCAGCGCUCGCCCUCAGCGCCCGCCUGCCUGCCCGCCUUCAGCGCCCCGCCGAGAGGUGCCGGCGCUGGGAGCCGCCUGCCCGUCCUUUUGUCGGCGCCAUGGAGAAGGAAAACCGGUUUAAAUUGUUCAUUCCACCGCGCCUGAGCACUGGGCAAUGGUCUGUGGGCAGAUCCCAGGGUUUUAACAAGUGCUCAGAUGAUGAUUUUAAAUUGCCAUUCGAUGUGUCCAACCGUGGCGAAAUCACUGAUUUAGAUAUAUUUUCACAGCAAGUAAAGCUUUGCUCUGAAGUGCAUGAAGAGAAUACAGAAACAAGGAUUGACUCGUUCUCAAAACUCUACAAAGAGGCUGAGAAGAUCAAGGAGUGGAAAGUGGCUAUGGAAUCAGAACUAAACCAGAAAGAAAGGGAACACCAGGAAGAUAGAAAGAUUAUUGAAGCACAGAAUAAAGCCAUUAAAGAUCUGCAGUUAAAAAAUGAUAAACUCUAUUUGCAACUGGAAGAUGCGUUAUGUGAACGUGAAGAUCUCUUGAAAGAAGCCACUGCUUCGAGGCAUCUGUGUAAUCUGCUCAAGGAAACCUGCACUCACUUCACAGAGAAGACCAGCAAAUAUGAACAGGAAAGAGAAGAAACAAGACAAUUGUAUGAGGAACUUCAUGGCAACAUAGAAAGAAUGACACUGGCAUUUGAAGAACUUUGUGUGCAAACAGAGGAGGACAGAUUGGAAAUGAGUUUCAAACUAAAAGAAGAAGCAGAAAAAGUGGACAAGUUUGAAAAAGAAUACAAACUGGAAGUCAGUCAGAAGGAAAAGCAGAUUUCAGCUCUUACCAUAGAGAGAGAUGAACAAGAUGGCAUAAUAAAAGACAUCCAGGCUCAGCUGCAGACAUCACAAAAUAAGAUAGCUGACUUAAUAGAAGAAAAAUCCCAUAAAGAAGAAAUGUUGAAGGAAUCUGAGGUCAGUAAAGAACAUUUGAGAGCAGAGCUGGAAGAGACUAAAAUUUCAUUGCAAAAGGCAGAGGCUAAUCAUAAGAACUUAGAAACUGAAUUCCAGACUACAAUGAAAACAUUAAUUGAGGUCACCAGAGAAAAGGAAGCACAGGAGGAAGAAUGUAAAAAACUGAAGGCUUUGCUUGCAGCUGUGACAGAGGAGUUUGAGGUUUCUACUGCCAAUUUGAAAAGCUUGCUGCAAAAGGAACAAAAUAGAUCAGUGAAUUAUGAAGUUGAAUUAAAGCUGCGUACCUUGGAGCUCCAGAAUAAGUCUGCUGAACUGGAAGAGAUGACUAAAGUAAAAUGUGAGAAAGAAGUGCAGCUUGAAGAGCUGUCAGAAACUCUGAAAAAAAUGCAUGAUUUGAAAGUACAGCUGACUAGCAGAGCUGAAAAGGAACAAGAUUAUUUAAACCAGCUUUUGACUCUGAAAACAGAUCUUGAGCAAGAGGCGUCAAAGAAUGAACAAUUAACAGGGUGUCUCAAUAAGGUUUCACUAGAGAAAGAACAAAUAGCACAAGAGAAAAAUGAUGUGGUUGCAGAACUCAAGAAACUGCAAGAAAAACAAGAGGAUAGUAAGAAAAAAGAAGAAAAUACAAAGCAGUUAGUUGUAAACCUAGAAGAGGCAAAUGGCCAGCUAAGAAAUGAAUUGGAGUCUUUGAAGGAGAAAAUGGCAAAGACAGGUCAAGAGAUCCAAAGUCAACUGGAUGAAAAAGAAGAAAACGUUAAGAGUACUGAAAAUGAAAUCUCGGAAAAGCAGUGGAAGAUUCUAGAAAAUAAGGUGAAUAAUUUAAAGAAACAGAUGGAAAAUAAAACCAAAUGCUUUGAAGAGUUGCAGCAAGAGAAUAAGGUGCUGAAAAAGAAAAUUACUGCAGACAGCAAGAAAAUCAGUGUUUAUGAAGGGAAGGUGAAUAAAUUGCAGUUAGAGAUGGAAAAUAUGAACAAUCAACAUAAGGAAGCAGUUGACGUCUAUCAAAAAGACAUAGAAACAAGAAAAAUGAAUGAAAAUAAACUUAAUGAACAGGUAGAAAAGAUGAGGCUGCUUUAUGAGGAAGCAACAGUGAUACAGAGAGAAACUGAUAUGAGAUGUCAGCACAAGAUCACUGAAAUGGUGGCACUUAUGGAGAAGCACAAGAACGAGUAUGAUAAAAUGGUUGAAGAAAAAGAUGCAGAGUUGAGAGUAUAUAAAAUGAAACAGCAAAAACAGUUAUCAUCAGAAAGAGCAAUGGAAAAUGAGCUGUCAUGUUUGAAGAGUGAGCUGUCGUCCCUUAAGGAACAACUGAAAGCAGAAAUUGAAGAAAAGGAGAAUCUUUUAAAACAUCACUCUCGAAACAUAAUUCCUGAAAGUGAAAAGAAACACAAGACGUAUAUUAUAAAGACUCCUCCGACAGAUAAACUGCAAAGGGGAGGAAGCACAAACCCACCUUCAGAGCAGAGCACCAGGAAAAAGCAGAAAGUGCUGAUCCAGCUGGAUGCUCAGUCAGACAGCUCUGAGCACACUGACCUGCUGAGCAUAGUCUCGGAAGAAGAAAUGUUUAAAACACUGUACAAAGAUUAUCCACAAGCUUCACAAUUGCACUCCACAGCACCAAAAAAGACACCAGCUGCAUCCAGUGUGAAAUCUCCGGGCUCUGCCCUGAAACUCAAAACCAUGAGGAGGAUGCGCGAGGCGGGCUGGACUGCCCUUUCCAAGGUGGACAGGAGGAGGAAAAUGAAGGAAGUUGCAAAGCUGUUUGCUUGAAAUGCAGAAACACCCAGUGCCCUGGCCCUGCUCGCUGCUGGCACCACGGGGCUGUUGUUCUCUCAGUUUGUGUGUUGCAUCUUUCUGUCGUGCUGUGUUUAAUACUAUUUUCGUUUCCUUUACACAUAUAAACUUUUUAGUUCCUUAACUACAUCCCCCUGCAUUUAAGGGCAUUUUCCACCUUUCCUCCCUUGUGCUUCAAAAUGUUGGGACACAAAUUAGCCAAUUUUAAAUUUUGGAAAAGAUAUAACUAGAUAGGAAGUUGUUUCAAAGCUGUUUCUGGCAUUAGAAAUACUGGUUUAAAGAACUUCUGUUCUUUUAAAUUUACUGUUUUUCUUAAUACAUAACACUUAGUGAAAGAUAAGUAGCUGUUGAGUGCAUGCACUUUUACCUGAAGUCCUCUUGUUUUUUCCACUUGAAUAGCUGUUAGACCUGUCUUUUUAAACUGUUUUGUUUUUGGUAUGUUAGAACUGUUUUGAAAUUUCUAAAAUUGAAGUUUCAGUAGAAUUACUUGAAUUCAAAAAUAUUUCAGUUUCAUAAAGAGUAAAAUAUGCACGUUAUAAGAUAAUGAAAACAAUGCUAAGAUGCCAUUAAAUUGUUUGUCUGAAAUGUAAGGUGUGGGACUAAAAGCUAUUGCUUUAAAUAUAUGAACACAGAAUCAAAUGAUCAAACUGAAUCACCAGCCAGCCUUCCACAGAAAUGUAACAAUAGGUUAGAACAUCUAUUUCUGUAUUAAUCCUUGAUUAAUCUUGGUUUCACAACAAUGACAAUCCCCACUUCAGAGCCUGGAGAUAACAAGAAAACUACAAGUACUUCUUCCUAUAUAAUGAAAAAUCAAAAAUCUCAGAUUUGUCCGAUGUGGGAAGCAAAACAUUUGUUGCCUUCGUUUUGUGUAGUCUUAGGGAUAGGCCAGUAGUUUGGGUUCCUUAUCUUGGGGUGUUGAGUAGUGAUGUAAAUAAGAUUAUUUAUUGUAUGUAACUAACAAAUACUGUGCAAAGAUCUGGAAGAAUAGAUCCACAUGGCUGGA